GUAAUGGUUCCCUCUCUCCACUCUCACCUCCUACUUCUGACAGUGAGACUGAUGACUUAUCCCUGUGCUUCUGCAUUGCCUGGCACACUACCUUUUUCAUGGUUUUUCUCACUGGAUCUCUGACUACCCAGGCCCCCUUCACCAUGGCCAGCCGGGGUGGGGGCCGGGGCCGCGGCCGGGGCCGGGGCCAGUUGACCUUCAAUACGGAGGCUGUGGGCAUUGGGAAGGGGGAUGCUCUGCCACCACCCACCCUGCAGCCUUCUCCACUCUUCCCUCCAUUGGAGUUCCAACCAGUGCCUCUGCCCUCAGGAGAGGAAGGAGAAUAUGUCCUGGCAUUGAAGCAGGAGUUGCGAGGGGCCAUGAGGCAGCUCCCUUACUUCAUCCGGCCAGCUGUCCCCAAAAGAGAUGUGGAGCGUUACUCAGACAAAUAUCAGAUGUCAGGACCGAUUGACAAUGCCAUUGAUUGGAACCCUGAUUGGCGACGUCUACCCCAGGAGCUAAAAAUACGAGUAAGGAAGCUACAGAAAGACCGGACCACCAUUCUACUCCCCAAGAGGCUCCCUAAGGCCACAGACUAUAAGGAGGAAACAAUACAGAAACUAGAGACCCUGGAGAAGAAAGAGGAAGAAUUAACUUCAGAUGAAGAUGAAGAGAAAGAAGAAGAAGAGAAGGAAGAGGGAGAAGAAGAGGAGUAUGAUGAAGAAGAACAUGAAGAGGAAACUGAUUACAUCGUGUCAUAUUUUGACAAUGGAGAGGACUUUGCGGGUGACAGUGAUGACAAUAUGGAUGAGGCUAUAUACUGAAAAAGGACCCUAAAUAGCACCCUGGAUCUUCAUCUUUCUAAUUUAGGAUACAGAAAGUAACCGUCUCUAUCGUUUGGUUUUGUGGACAAGGAGACUGUUUGCUCUGAGUCCAGAUAACCUGUUUAGUCCCUGGAAAUAGAUGUGGAAAAUAACAAUAGACACCUCUCUUUUCUAACUUUCCCCUCCCUCUACCAUUGUAUCAUUUCUGAUAUCAUGGGGAAAGAGCAGAGGACCAAUGUCUUAAUUGUAUUAAAGGGAGAAAGGAGGGCUGAAAGAAAAACUGGAAUUGUUGGGUCUGAGACAGCUGUACAUAUGCCCUUACCCAUUUUUUAUAAUUCUUUGUGGAGAUAAUUGGGGGUGGGAGCAGUUAAGAGGAGUAAGGCCA